AUGGCCCCACCGAAAUUCGGCGAUCUCAACAAACAAGUUUCCGACAUUUUCAACAAGGGAUACUUUUUUAAUGUCUUCAAACUCGACGUCAAAACUCGCACUGCGAAUGGUGUUAAUUUCAACGUUAUCGGUGAACAUAACACGGAAACAGCACGAACAUUCGGUAGUCUUGAAACGAAAUAUGUCGUUCCGGAAUAUGGUUUGACAUUCUUGGAAAAAUGGAACACCGAUAAUUUGCUUAAAUGUGAAAUAACCGCUGAUAAUCAAUUAGCACAAGGUUUCAAAGUUGUGUUUGAUGCAUCACUUGUUCCAAAUACAGGCAAGAGCUACGAGAGAUUACAUUUUGGUAUGAAAACCCGUCCAUUGUCCUUAGAUAUCACAUCCCAGAGCUACUCUGCCAAACUUCAGAUACGUGUACGCACACAAGUGAAUAAAUUACGUCUAACGGGAUCUUAUACUCAUGCAGGAAACAAUCGACAUUGGAAAAAAACAGCUGAACUUCGUACUGCUUACACGCAUGACAAAGCUCAUGUUGAAACCAAUGUUGCAUUCGACGCCGCUGGACCUAUUCUUAACGGUGCCGUUGUUUUGGGCCAUCAAGGUUGGUUAGCUGGUUAUCAAUAUGUGUUCAACACCGCCCGAUCAAUGUUAACAAAAAAUAAUUUCGCCGUUGGCUUCAGAGCUAAAGAUUUCACACUUUACGCCAAUAUGAAUGAUGCUAAUGAAGUGGGUGGUAGUGUUUACCAACGUAUCAACGAUCGACUUGAAACUGGUGUUCAAUUAGCUUGGACCGCUGGUUCCAAUCAAACACGAUUUGCACUUGCAUCAAAGUAUCAACUUGAUGGUCAGACCGUAGUUGGAGCAAAAGUAAACAAUAUCUGUCAAGUUGGACUUUCAUUCCAACAAUUGUUAAGACCUGGUGUUAAAUUGACUUUGUCAGCAUUAUUUGAAGCAAAAAAUUUGAAUGCUGGUGGACACAAAGUCGGUUUGGGACUUGAACUUGACAGCUAA